AUGGUUGAACUGAAAAAGUGGACAGAUUGCUUACGUGACUUACUUCCUAACGUUUAUUCUGAUGGCGCAGAUCCGUCCCUUUGUUUCCGUGCCUGCAUUGAACGCUACCUCAAAAACCUCGAAGAUAACUCUGAACUAGUACAAACUCUUCAAAACAUGGAAUCUUAUCAGGCGUAUGUCUACUGUUGUCUACAUCUUCUUGAUGAACUGACAAAAAUCGAUGUGGGAGCUGGAGAUGGGAAGCCGGUGUUUAGUAUCUUUCAGACGCAGCAGUUGUCGAAAUGCCUCGAAUUCAUCGUGUGUCUUGGAAUAUAUCCUCUUCUUUCUUCCGGAGUCUCGAUACCCUUGUGUCUCAGGUUGGAAAACUAUGAAAAAUUUAAGUGCCCCAACCUUCAGUCUUCUCCUGAUAGGCAUCAAAGAUUAUUUAAGAUUGCGGAGUGCUUUGACUCUCUUAGUCGUUCUUCCAUUGAUUCGCUUCGUGACCUAGUCUCGCCUAAUGGCUACCUUGGCGACUACCUUGCCCUUCUGCUGCAACUCAGUUAUGGACCUGUUUCAACAGAUUUCUCGACCAAAAGCACCACGGCAGACAUCAUCCGUAUCUCUCGCACUCGGCUUCGUUCCGUUCUUGCUCGUCUACCCCGAUCGCUGGCCUUCAAAGAACUCUUUCUCUUCCAGAAUGGCUUUUGCAAACAAAAGUCAUCAAUGAAGACUCCAGUGCCACUGUGGCUGCGCAGUGCAUGUGGUCGUUUGAUUACCCAACUUUUUAUCGCUCGUCCUCGUUAUUUCACGGCGGGGAAAUCGCCUCUGGAAGACCUUAUCAUUGGUGUUUUGGACGUUCACUCCACCGACCCUCGGCACGUUCCCGCUUUAGCCUCUGCUCUGGGUCAUAUUUUGGCUACGCCGCCUCAGAUGACCGGACAAAAUAAUAAUGGUGAGCAGUACUAUGGUAGUCUGGCCCUACAGAUUCACAACGCUCUUCAGAUCAACAGGAACUGUGAAGACUUGCUUCCUCGUGUUAUCCGACUUGUCGCUGUUGACACCAUCCACCAAAUAUGCGAACGGGAUAUAGAUUUGGGAAGACGGCUCUUUCUGGAGAAACCGCUUUUGUCCAAGCUAGACAAACUUAUCUCACUGAAUCAUCCAGAAGUUGAAGACUGUGCAUCAAACGAACCAUCAUCUAAAAUGAUUGAUAUGUCGGAUUCGGCGGAAUUGCUCUCUGCGGUGGACUUGCGGGGUGUUAUCAAUUUUACUAUCGAGCUUCUGGAUACACAGCACCCAUCAAAGGCUCUGUGCUUGGUUCUGAUGCGCUACUCGCUGCCCUGGUUCCACUUCCUUUCUCUCCUCAAUCUGGUGCUUUCUGAAAAGGAGGGUAGCGAUUGUCCGAUUCCAGAAGGUUGUAAACCAUCACCAGUUAUUGAAUUCAAAUCCCAGCUCUGUUCAAUCCUUGCGAGCCUACUCAACACCGGCCAUUUCUCCCCGUUUUCUCUCCUUCGCGCCUGGCUAGGCCUUCCUUCACUUGAUGAGACUACUCUGAAACCAUUAUUUUUUUCAUCCACCUCCUCCCCCCCUCUUUCGCCUCUUCGGCGCGCCAUUGUCUUGCGACCCACCUCUCUUGUCUCUUCUGACACCAGAGAGUCUGACACUUCAGGCGCGCCCUUCCGCGUGUGUCGUUCGGUGGAGGCGGUGACGGAUCGCUCUUAUGAGAUGAUUUCCGCUCGUGUUGCCGCAGCUAUGCUACUGCUUUCAUCUAUUAUUCAUGCUAAAGGGUAUGAUGGCUAUGUCGACAGGGAAGAGGCUUCGACUGAGUUGCUGCUCCCUGCCUGGUCCACUAGCGACAAAAGGAACAAUGAAACUGAGGGUCAAACUCAGUCAGGUCUUGCUGCACACCUCCUCCUCAGCCUCAUUUCAGACAUCAAUUCUGAACUGAUUAAAGACGCAAGCAAGCAGUCAGGUGUCUGCGUCCGCUUAUGGCCAGGCACAGCGUUGGAGCCAAUGUUGGAGGAGAAAGAUGAAGCGGCGGCUGUAGGAGUACCACUCACUGCAUGCCUGAUGGCCAGCGCAAUGCUAGAAAAACUCAGUCCUACCAGUCUUUGGCCCUCCGAUCCUGCUUUUGCCGUAAAGCUUCUCUGCCUAACAUUGACGCGUCUCUGCCUGGUGUUAAACUCGCCUGCGGACAAAGAGGUGAUGAAGAUGGAAGAGGAGUCGCUCAACCUGGUUCUUGGCAUCACUGCCUUCUUUGUCCAGCACAUGGAUAUGGGUGAAAAGGUGACAAGUGAGGUACGGGACCGGUUCGCCGAGUUGAUCCCACUGUUGCACCAAGUCGAGGAGACAUUUCCUCAAGGCAAUCCCUCUGUAGAACUUGCUGAGCAAAUUCGCAUCUCACUCUUGACUCGAGGUGCGAUUCUCGUUUCUUCGUCACCCACUGCGCCUAACUCCGAUUGUUCAUUCCUUUCAAAGACUGAAUUGAAUCGCGGGAGACGUCUAAUCGAGGAGUUGCCUUCGAUACCACUGUCCGCCUGCCCCACUGACACUGAAACUGUGCCAAAGGCGACUACCGAAGUGAGCCCGAAGCUGUUGGAAAUCUUUGAACAGCUAAAGGAUCCUUUCAUUCCUGUCCGAGGUCAUGCUCUGAUAGAAUUGAGUCGACUUUUGGAAGCCAGAGAUCCCUCAUUAAAAGGCUCUGAAGACAACAUCUUUGAGAUGGUGGUGAAGCAUUUGGACGAUGAAGAUAGUUAUGUCUAUCUGAAUGCUAUUCGAGCGCUCUCGGCUAUGGGCAACGCCCUCACUGACCGCCUUCUUCCUCUCCUCCUUUCUCGCUUUCUUUCUACCUCUUACAGUCUUGAGUUUCGCCUUAAGGUGGGUGAGGCCAUCGUUCGGAUUCUCCGUGAACUAGGUGAUAUUGCACCCAAGUAUCGUGACGCCACCGUUUCCAAUCUACUCAUCUCUGCGAGAGAUCCGUCCGAAUUUAUUCGUGCUGCAGGCCUCUCAAAUUUGGCUGAAAUCUGUCGCCUCCUUGGCAACUCGAUUCAAUCCGUUAUCUACGAGGUUCGAAAAUCUCAAUUCCCAUUUAUUGGUGUUCGAGUUGCUUUUGAAGUGUACGAGGUGAUCGAAAAGACUUUGAAGCAUGAUAACGCGCCUAUCGUGCGUAAGUCGGCUGCUUACCUUGCACGCAGCCUCUUUCUCACCCCCAAAUUGAUGUCUCACCCGUCGGGUCUGCCGGCCUAUUUACCGGACGAUCUGAUCCGUGACGUGCACCGUUUGCUGCGAGACCGACUGGUCAUCGAGCGGGAUGAAGAAGUACUCGAACAACUAGAAGCAGCUAUGGCCGAGCUGGAUGCCCGUACACUAACUGGUGUUUUUCGGAAACAAGAUACCGCUCGUGAUCUGGUAAAGGAGAUUCGAGUCUUGCGUCCUUUUGAUGAAUAA